AUGUCUGCACCAAACCAAGGCCGUCAAUCCCCUGAGCCAGAGCGCCAGGCGGACUCCCAGCUCCACCAGCCCACCGCUUCGAACCCCAACGAGUAUGCACCUCACCCAUAAUACAGUAUCCAUAACACACAAUGCUGAUAUUGGUGGAACGUUAGGCAGGGUGUUGCUCCAGGCGACAAGGCCGCCGAGCAGAGCAAGGACCAGUUGGAGAACUUGGGCAGCAACCCCAGCGGACCGCUCGAUGAGGAGGCCGAGAAGAAGACAUCGAAGGAUUAG